CACCGGACAAAUUUACUACACCUCAAUGGUAGCUUAUCAACAUUAAAACGGUGCGCUGCGACUUCAACUCUGCAGUCGCACUAACUCACCGAGAAAAAUAGCUGUACGCUUGAAAGACCAGCAAGUCCUCCAUACAAAUACCGUUACAAUGACCUCAAUUGCUUCCUCUGAUGCUGGAAAUUUAACUGUCGAGCCACUGUCAGAGCGCAACGUCUCUCGGAUCCCGCUUAUUCUGCCUCAUGAGCGCGUCUUUCCAAUCCAGAUCGGCAGUGAAUUAUUUAAGCUCUCAGGGGCAUCGUUAUCCUCUGACGCACCUUCGUACUUCUCUCAAUACUUUGUUUGCCAGUUAGAAUCGGCAAAAGAACGAAACGACGAGUCGAACUCGGCUAUCCGAACGCUCUAUAUUGAUCGCGAUCCAGCCAUCUUUCGAGAUAUCUCUCUUCAUCUUCAGGGCUACCAUGUUCAGCCUCGCGACGGCGAGCACUUUGUGCGUCUGUUUUCAGAUGCACAAUUCUAUAGCUUGCCCAAGCUGAUCUCUCAGCUCUACGAGGAGAGCAUCUUUAUCUCCAUCGGCCAUCGCGAGUUUCAGAUUCCUCGUGAGAUCUUCAACGACCCCGGAAAUUCUCCCAACUACUUCUCCCUAGGCUUCGCAGCUUUCUUCUCACGCCCGGAUGAUCUCUUCCCUGGCCUUGACCGCGAAGGCCUAAUCCGUCCACCCUCGAUCCUCCCUCCUUCGGUUCCGAAGCGCAGUGCUGACACAUUUGCUGAGCUCCUACACUUUCUCCGAGGAUACCCUAUUCGAAUACGUGAUGAAGCACACCGCCAGGAUCUCCUCAGCGAUGCGCGCUACUUUCAUUUUAAAGGCCUUGAGCAGCGCCUUAUCCCACAUUCGCUAAGUUACAAUCAAGCCACGAAACGCGAUGAGAUUGUCCUUCGUCUUGAGAACAUACAGAAGAGUGGCGUUAGUGUUUUUAUCAGCAAUACAGAUCCGUUGGCCGGCUUUGUGCAGUACGCUCGACCUUAUGUGGACGAGAAGCCUGCUGAGCUGGUCCUUGAAAUAGGCGGCGAAACAACGAAGCUUCAUUUCUCAGGGAGUAAUGCUAGGGCAGAGUUCUUCAGGGACACCAAAGCACGAGUUGCAAAGUUGUUUGAGCUUGUCUCGUCAAAGCUAAAUUUCCACCAAGCGAUCAAAACUGAACAUCUCACCAACCACGGACAGUUGACAAACCUCGGAAAUGCACUAUUAAAGGAAGAUCUUGUUCGUAUAGUCCUGGAGCCCGAAUCCGCCAUUAUUCUCGAUGGGAAGGACUAUCUCGAGGAUUUCAUCAAUGCCGCGGCAUCCGAAUCUUCCGCAAACGAAUAUCCCCGGAAGCGAAAGAGGGCAGAUGGUGACUCAGGCGAUGAGGAGUGGGUUGUCACGACAGGGCAAUGGAGGUUACGCAUUCAGAACGCACCAAACGGCAAGGGUGUUGAAUGUAUUCUUGUUGCAGCGAAGCUUGAUGCAAUGCGCUCGCAAUUGUCGCGCAACAUGUCAAGGAGCUUUCUGGGAAGCUAAUUCAGUAUUUCUUUCACGUGGUCUUUGCAAUCGUAGUGGCGAGAACAGUAAAUGCUUUUAUGUUACGAAUUAGAUCUGUAACUGGCAUCCCGGGGAUAAUAACGAGCAUCUACGAGACGUCCAAUAGUAUGAGAUGCCACACGAAAAUAUGAAAACGGGGGUAUUUGGCACAGUUAUAGUGGUAUUGCAAAUACGGAAGAAACAAUUUGUACACAAUCCAGCCAACGCAUAUUAAUUAUGACCAAAGCCAAGAAAAGACUUUGUCUGACACAUGUCAUGAGAAUCCACGAGACCAUCCAUA